CGCCCGCUCCUCGCUCUCGUGCUGUCCGGCGCUGCUUCCCGCAGUGACUCUGAUGUCAAUGUGUCCGUCGGCACCUGCACCGGCCACAACAGUGUAACGGCAGGUCUGGCUGCUGCCUCCAGGUUGAAGGAGGCACACUGUGAACAUACUCUCAGCCCUGCAGGCAACUGACCCUCCAGCAGUUCUACUAUAACUCCAAGACCACGAUCAUCCCAGAGAAUGGAUCCACACUCCAACAACGUGAGGCAGAAGACCUCCUGGGCCAGUUUGCCUCAUGCUCCCUCUCUCUAGCUGCUGCUGAGGCUCAGUAUUCACAACUCCACCUCAUGGCUGGGUUUCAGCAACUGUCUGUGAACUUCCUGACAAACGUUUGAUGAACCCGUCCGCCUGAAAGAGCAUUCAAAAGUCAAACCAAAGUGACCCAGGCUGCCGACUGUGAGCAGUUAGUGCGUCUGCGGUUGAGUCUGUAAUCAUGGGAAAAGAACAGGAUCUGCUGGUGGCAGUGAAGAGCGGGGAUCUCCUGCUGGCUCACAAGCUUCUCUCCAAAGUCAAGUGCAACAAAACCACAGGAGCUCUCUUAGGUGCAGGAACCCAAUUGUUGAGCAGGCUGGAAGGUGGCAGAGGAGACUUGGAGGGAUUAGCAGCGCUACUGUAGCUGAUGGACGGGGAGCUGAGAUGGGAGGUUUCUUCUCCAAUCAGCCAUCUGCUGACAUCAGGCUGGGUGCUCAGUCAAUUUAAGUCGCCUUAAACAGUCUCCCUGUUUUUGCCUAGCUGUUGCAAGCUGUCAAGUCAGUGUGUCUACUGAUCUGGAACUGGGUUGCAUCAGUAUCUCUUAGCACUAAUGAGAAACAGCAGGAGAGAGUUGCUGGGCUCUACUAAGAGGCUGAACAUCAACUACCAGGAUUCAGACGGCUUCUCCGCCCUGCACCAUGCCGCACUGACGGGAACCACGGAGCUGCUGUCCCUGCUGCUGGAGGCCCAGGCCACGGUGGACAUCAAGGACAUCAAUGGCAUGCGUCCCCUCCACUAUGCAGCAUGGCAGGGUAAAGCCGACUCUGUCUUAUUGUUGCUAAGAGCCAAUGCUUCAGUCAACUCCUCUUCCCAUGAUGGACAGAUACCGUUACACCUCUCCGCUCAGUAUGGACAUUAUGAGGUGUCUGAGAUGUUGCUGCAGCAUCAGUCCAACCCCUGCAUGACGAACAAGGCGAAGAAGACUCCUCUAGAUCUGGCCUGUGAGUUUGGGAGACUAAAGGUGACUCAGUUGCUGCUGAGCAGUAACAUGGUGACCGCGCUGCUAGAAGGGGACGGAGGGCUCAACAGCCUCGACUCUCCAACCACCACCCCCCUCCACCUGGCAUCCAGGAAUGGACACAAAGACAUCAUCAAGUUGCUGCUGAAAGCUGGUAUUGACAUCAACAGAUCCACCAAAGCAGGAACAUCGCUGCAUGAAGCUGCCCUCUACGGCAAAACUGAAGUUGUGCGUCUGCUGCUUGAUGCUGGCAUCAACGUGAACAUGCGCAACACCUACAACCAGACAGCUCUGGACAUUGUCAACCAGUUCACCACUUCCACAGCCAGCAGGGAAAUCAAACAGCUGCUCAGAGAGGCAUCAAGUUCUCUACAGGUCAGGGCGGUGAAGGAUUACUGGAACCUCCACGACCCCACGGCUCUUAACCUCCGGGCUGGAGAGCUCAUUAUGGUCGUGGAGCAGCACGCAGACGGCCGGUGGAAAGGUCACGUCCAUGACACGCAGCGGGGGACGGACCGAGUGGGCUUCUUCCCGCCCUCAGUGGUGGAGGUUCUCAGCAGACGAGCAGGGGGCACUCUCGUCCGUCAAGCAUCACUGCCUUGCCACCGACAACACUUUGCAUCCAGAGCUCCGCCCUCAAGCCAUGGCUCCACCCCUCAGUCUGACGACUCGUUCACCCUUGGCUAUGAUCCAGCAGGUGACAGACACAGUGUUAGCAGUGCGGGCAGUGUGGGCAGCAGUCGCAGCGCCGGUAGUGGCCAGAGCUCGGAAAGCAGCCACAAACAGAACGGAACUCGCCACAACGCUGACACUGGCAAGCUGACUCCCUCUGCUGGUGAAUCAGGAGACCACAUCCACCUUUCAGGAGCAGAUCGCAGCAAACAGGCUGAUGGAUCCGCAGGUGGCUCCCGCCGGCAGGUCAAUGGCACUCCUCAGAAAGGCUUCGUACGACCAGAACACCUUCUGGAGGGCAAGGACUCAGAGGCCAUCUACCAGUGGUUGUGCGAGUUCCAGUUGGAACACUACACAUCCAAUUUCAUCAGCUCAGGAUAUGAUGUGCCCACCAUCAGCAGGAUGACCCCAGAGGACCUGACAGCCAUCGGAGUCACCAAACCUGGCCACAGAAAGAAGAUCUCUACGGAGAUUGGAAAGCUCAGUAUCCCUGAGUGGCUGCCUGAUUACAUUCCUUCGGAUCUGGGGGAGUGGCUGAGUGUUAUUGGACUUCCUCAGUACCAGAAGAGAUUGUGCGACAACGGCUAUGACUCCAUCACUAUUGUCAAAGACAUCACCUGGGAGGACCUGCAGGAGAUAGGCAUCACCAAACUAGGUCAUCAGAAGAAGCUCAUGUUGGCGGUGAAGAGACUUUCUGACCUUCAGCGCUCUCGUCACAAUGCUGACAGAACCGGAGGUGGCACUCUCAGACGUAAGCCCCCCGGAGCUCUGGAGCUGGUGGCUAUCGAACACCCUCCAAUGCACAGCGUGCACGCUCACGUACGCUCUGAUGCCCCGUCUGAAACCUGCUGCUCCUCCCCUCGCACCCCCAGGGCCCUCCUAUCCUUCCAGGACAGCGAGCUGAGCGCUGAGCUGCAGAGUGCCAUGAUGGGCAGGGCGGGUGGAGGAGCCACAGAAGCAUUCGGCAUCAGGGGUGUGAGCUCCGCAGCAGCCAUGACGGCCAUGUCCGUGAGUCAGGAGAGCAUUAGUAUGCGGUCACGUGGCUCAGGGAAUUCUGGGAAUUCUGGAAAUUCUGGAAAUUCUGGAAAUUCUGGAAAUUCUGGGCACUCUGGGCACUCUGGGCACUCUGAGCAUUCUGGGAAUUCUGGAACUUCUGGACAUUCUCAUGAGCACCAUGCCAUGCCGUCAUCAGCCAGUCGGUCUGAGGAGAGUCUGGAGAGUGGAGGAGGCGAGGAGGCAAAGCGAGGAGGAAGUAGUCCUGGAAGCAGAGGUAGACAGAGACCUACCGAGAUGUGGGAUCACCAGAGUCGGUCUGCGACUCCCAACAAACUCCUCUUCUCACCUCUCACACCUCCGCUAACUCCUAGCAAAAUGCCUCGCUUUGCCUACCCAGCUGUUCCACCCAAGGCCAAACACGUCCAGUCUAACCGCCUCUAUCAGCCCCAGCACCAGCCGUCCUCCUCACCAUCCUCUCCAUCUCCACAGCCAUCCCCCACACAGAAGGCCUUCAGUUACCUGCAGGCUCUGGCAGGAGGCGUCGGCGGGGCUCCACAGGGCCUCUCAAAGACUCUGGCAGGGGCCAUCCCCGUGCUGGGGCCCAGGCCUGGACAGGUCCAAGCUGAUGGCGCCCAGAGGGGCACGCACAAGAAACGCGCCCAAAGCCUAACACGCUACGCCCUGUCCGAUGGCGAGCCAGAUGACGACGACGACCUUGCUCCAUCUAGCUCAACUGCUUCCUCUGUGGCCAUGCCUUCCUACGCCACGUUGUCCCGCAGGCCAGGACGCGGGCACACCAGCACCACGGGGGCCCAACGGCAAAUCAACCGCAGCCAUUCUUUCGCUGUGCGCUCCCGACGCAAAGGGCCGCCUCCGCCUCCACCGAAGAGGAUGAGCUCGGUAAGCGGCAGCCCACCAUGCGAAACAGGAAACUGGAAAGCGGUGGAGCCAGAGGGGAUGGGAAGCGUGGAGAUUGAGAGCGUUGGCAGCGUGAGGAGCAUCGCAGCCAGGCUAGAAGGAAGCUGCAGCGCCAGCAGCAGUCCAUCGAGGAGGAUAGACAUUCCACCGACCCACAUCCCCGUCACCCCUGUUUUUAGCCCUGUUUCCUCUCCGAUUCCUUCUCACAUCAUUCUACAGCACACAAAACCUGUGCCCGCCUUGGGCCUAAGUGGCUUAAGGAGGACAGGAAGUGAGAGGGCAGAAGGAGACGCUGACAGACAAAGAAGCAGAACUACAGAGGGAACACCUGAAGAGAAAGAGAGAGACAGAAAAAGAGAUAGAAUAUCAAAGAGUGCUAAUGCAUCUCCAAAGCGCGGCUCAGGUGACCACCUGCCCUUCGCUGAGGAGGGUAACCUGACCAUCAAACAGCGGCCCAGGAUCGCACUUGUCCCCCAGGCAGACGCUGAUCUUAAGACUCCUCCUGAGGAUCCGCUCCAGAGCCCAAACGGCCUGGAGGUCCCCGAGUUCAACCUGAAGGAGUCUGACACAGUGAAAAGACGGCACAAGCACAAAGACAAAGACGCAUCCACGCCAGAGGAGGCGUCCACUCCCAACAGAGGGGACCUGAGGACGCUGAGCGAUGAAGAACCUCUGAGAAGCAUUUUCCAGAGAGUUGGCUCCAUUGGAAAAGGCCCGAAGCCGCCAGUGUUCUCUAAACCAUCCAGUCCUCUGAAACAAGCCGCUAACAGCAGACCCACCACCCCACUGACACCUGCCUCUCCACUAAGAGCCAGCGCACAAACAGCCAUUCCUAAACUAACCAGCAUACAGAUUCAUACAGUCUCACCCAAGCUGGGUGGCAGCAUACACACACACACCUGUCUACCCAGUCCUAAAGCUGGGAAACCUCCUCAGACAAUGGGGUCCAAGCCUGAGAGUCCACAGAAAGCUGCCGGUGUGUGUGCAUCUCCUCUAAGACUCGCCCAGCACAGCACGGCCUCACCAUCAACAGCGAACUUCAGUAUGGGCCAUAGUGCCGGGUUCGUCACCUCAUCCGCCCCCUCGUACUCCGCCUCGGCACUACCGGGCCUGAUCGGGAGAGCAGGAGCCGCUCAGCCCGGCGUGGCUGGUCUGGAGCUGCUGGCUCAGAAGAGGCUGGAGCAGACCAGCACGUCACUGGAGGCUGCUCUCAAAGUGGUGGAGAACAAACUGGCACAGGGGAGCAGUGUGGACAGCGGCAACGGCACCGUGAAGGCAGCAGGAAACAUCCUGGACGACAUCAGCAACAUGUUUGACGACCUGGCCGACCAGCUGGACGCCAUGUUGGAGUGACCUCCCGGCCUCUUUCCUCAAAGGGAGAAAACAGAGGAGAAGCACGGAGAGAGAGGAGCUCAGAGCCGCAGCAGGACUCUGGACGGACCAUUAAAGUGCACAUGUGAGGAUUCCCCCCCCACCGAGCCUCUCCUCAGCAUCAUCCC